UUCUCUUUAGUUAAGCUGGUAGUGGAGGACCCAGUGUAUAAAAGAGAUGACAAGUACUUUUUGUCUCGCGAGGAGGCCUUUGAGUCCUCAAUGAGAAAGAGCAUUCAUUAUAUUGAGGCUCUUAAAUCUGGAAAAAUCAAGGGAAGACCUGAUGCUUACUUUUAUAGAACAGCUAUAAAUGAUGAUCUUCCAACAGUCCUGCAUGACUCCAUGUUCCUGCCUACAAUAGAAGGUCAAUGCACUGAAGAACAGAAAGAGAAAUGGUUAAAAUUAGCUUCUAAUUACAGCAUUAUCGGAGCCUAUGCACAAACUGAGCUAGGACAUGGAACCUUUAUAAGGGGUCUUGAAACUACUGCAACUUAUGACCCCUCGACCGAGGAAUUUGUUCUCAAUUCCCCAACGCUUACUUCAAUGAAAUGGUGGCCUGGAACACUUGGUCAUACAGCCACACAUGCUGUGGUUGUUGCAAGAUUGAUAACCAAAGGAAAAGAUGAAGGAAUUCAUUUGUUCAUUGUGCAGCUACGUAGCCUUGAGGACCAUAGACCACUACCAGGAAUAAAGGUCGGAGACAUUGGACCAAAGUUUGGGUACUUUGGCAUGGACAACGGUUUCCUCCACAUGACGAAUGUGAGGAUACCAAGAGAUCAAAUGCUAAUGAAAUAUGCUCAG